AUGAGAUCCAAUAUCACUGCAAACGACAAGUUGUUUCUAGGAAGGGCAUGGGGGAACUACAGCAGGGUGGUAAUUUCAUACUCGUUUGUUGACAACGUCAUCGCCACUGGGGGCUGGUAUGACUGGGGCGAUCCUGAACGCCAACUUACAUCCUACUUUGCCGAGGACACGCAGGGGCGCUGGCUUGCCAAGCUUCGUCCUCUAGUAGUCAUAAGUAGCCCGAUGGCGUCUGCGACCAACGCUGUGCUGUCUCUUCCAGCUGCUCGCGGGCUACACUCACUCGUUUCAGGAGGAUGCCGACACGACUCUCAAGUCUCUCUUGCAAGCGUGCGAUCCCGCGACCGUGUGAAUUUGUCUACUCCAUCGCGUCGUCUUGCGAGUGGAGGCGCGUGGAAUUUACCCUCCUUUACUGGUUCAGCGAGAUUAUGCUCACGACUAUCUGUGGCCGCGGUAGCAGCGGGUCAAGAGGCAAGCGCCGAUGGAGGCGCAGUGUCUGAAGUGGAGAAGCUCAAAGACAACAUCUUGCGUCUCGUGGCACCCUUGGAUCGCGGAAUAGCGGCGUCACAGCAGCAGGCAAAGGAGGUCGAAGCUGCCGUGGCCCUCCUUGAGCUCGCCGCCGCUCCCCUCGAUUUCUCCCCGCCGCCGCCGGUAGAGGAGGACCACAUCGGCGGACUGGCAAUCAGGGCGCGCGCGGAGGGGAAGGCGCUGACAGGCGGGACGGACGUGGGCGCGGGCGUGGGGGGCAUCAGCCGGGGGGUGAGCCGCGAUCUAGCUAUGCUGGAUGGCACGUGGCGGCUUGUGUACAGCAGUGGGUUCGUGUCAGGCAGCCUUGGGGGACUCCGGCCUGGCCCGCCUGCUGGAGGGCCAGUCUCUAUUGGACAGGUGACACAGCGUGUGGAUGUGACUGCAAAGGAGCUUGACAACAUUGUGGAGCUCAGAGUCAGUGCGCCUUGGCCACUGCCUGCACUGGAGGCCACUGCGUCACUACAGCAUACGUUUCAACUUACGGGACCUUCAUCUAUCCGCAUUAUUUUUGAGAGCACUGCAGUGAGGCCCAGUGGCUCAUUUCCUCCGCCAUUUACUGUUCCCCAGUUGCCGGCUUUCCUCCGCCCACCACCUGAGGUUCGUAGUGGAGACUUCAGAACCACCUAUCUUGAUGGCGACUUCAGAAUCAGCAGAGGGGACAGGGGGGAAGUAAGGGUAUUUGUUCGGGCCUAA